CAUGUAAAAAGCGUGCGAAUGGAAAACAAAAAAUUAAUAACACGUGUCCUCUUCGUUCACAAGUUUCCUCUUUCCUUAGCACAGUAUGUUUUUUGACUUCUUCGCGUCGGCGAUAUUAUCCAGAAACAGUAGUGUCGAAGAAGAAGAAGAAGAAGAAGGAGAGAUUCUGAGUUUAGGGUUUUGUUUGUGUUGCUUCGAAUUGAGCAGCUAUGGCUUCCGUGUUGCUACUUCUUCUGGUGUUCGUGUUUGAUCUCAUUGCUUUUGGUCUUGCUGUUGCUGCAGAGCAACGAAGAACCACCUGGCAAAUUUCUAGAGAAUCAAGAGAUUUGAGCUACUGUGUGUAUGACAAGGACAUAGCAACGGGUCUCGGAGUCGGUUCUUUCUUGGUCUUAUUAGCGAGUCAGCUCUUAAUAAUGGUGGCGAGCCGAUGUUUAUGCUGUGGAAGAGCAUUGACACCAAGUGGUUCAAGAUCUUGGGCAAUUUUUCUCUUCAUCACCACCUGGGUUUUCUUCUUCAUAGCACAAGUGUGUUUACUUGCUGGCUCUGUACGAAACGCUUACCAUACAAAGUACCGUGUCUACUUUGGUAACACUUCCCCUUCUUGUCGAUCACUGAGGAAAGGCGUGUUUGGGGCUGGAGCAGCAUUCAUAGUGCUCACGGGGAUUGUCUCCGAGCUUUACUAUGUGACCCUUUCGAGGGCCAAAGACUUUCAACCUUCAAGAGAUCCCGGUAUCCGAAUGAGUAGCCUGUAGAACUUACACCUGCUUUGUAGAUUUAGAAUAGUUAUGUUCAUUGUUGUUAUCAUCUUACUAUCUUAGGUCAUUGUUGUUAUGAUUUUAAUAGUAUGGAGGAAACUAACAUUAUUUUCAAUUUCUUAAAAUAUAUGUACCUAUCAAAAACGAUAGAUUGAAAACAAUAAAGAACCAUAAAGUUGAUAUAUAAUAACACUAAUUUAAAAUUA